GCACACUGACAGCACUUCCAGGUUGAAAAAGAGUCAGGUUUAAAGGGGUGAUGGAAUGAAACAAGUGGGAGUUGUGAUGUUUUUUGUUACCAAGUGUUUCACACACCUCUAGCGGCAAACCCUCUUCGUUGCCAAGACAACCCUGAAGAAAUAGGAAAUCCAGAACAAUACACUGUGUACGAGGAGCCUCGUAUUCUCUGGUGCACGCGUUCGUUGUGAAUGUCAGGGGAAACAGUGCCCUACCCACCACAGCGAUCCAGGAAAAGAAAAUACAUUCAGCAGAGAUUCUUCUUCAUUGCCUCAUCCUAUGGAGGAAUCACCACUGCCCAUCUACAUUGAGGAGGGGACAGAAGUCCCGAUUGCCAAAAAGGAGUUGAUUGCUCUUGGAAUCAGUCAAAUCUGGACUCAGAAGACCACAGAAAGCAGAAAUAUGGCAACAAAGGAAAAGCUUCAGUGCUUGAAAGAUUUCCACAAGGACAUCCUCAAACCUUCCCCCGGCAAGAGCCCGGGGACACGGCCUGAGGAUGAGGCAGAGGGGAAGCCCCCGCAGCGGGAGAAGUGGGCGAGCAAGAUCGACUUCCUGCUGUCCGUGGCGGGGGGAUUCAUCGGUUUGGGCAACGUCUGGCGGUUCCCGUAUCUCUGCUACAAAAACGGCGGAGGUGCAUUUCUUAUACCUUAUUUCAUUUUCCUGUUUGGGGGAGGUCUUCCCGUGUUUUUCCUGGAGGUGGUGCUAGGACAGUAUACCUCCGAAGGUGGAAUUACAUGCUGGGAAAAGAUCUGCCCUAUUUUCACUGGAAUUGGUUAUGCUUCCAUAGUGAUUGUGUCCCUUCUGAAUGUGUACUACAUCGUGAUCCUGGCCUGGGGACUCUACUACCUGUUCCAGUCGUUCCAGAGCGUGCUGCCAUGGGCACACUGCCACCAGAAGUGGAACACACCCACCUGUGUGGAAGACACUCUCAGGAAGAACAAAACGCUCUGGAUAUCACUGAAUGCCACUAACUUCACCUCUCCUGUCACAGAGUUUUGGGAGCGCAAUGUGCUGAGCUUGUCCUCGGGGAUUGAAGAUAUUGGUAUUAUCAAGUGGGAUCUAGCACUGUGUCUCCUCCUUGUCUGGGUGAUUUGUUUCUUCUGCAUUUGGAAAGGAGUCAAAUCCACUGGGAAGGUGGUGUACAUCACUGCCACAUUCCCAUUCAUCAUGCUCCUUGUUCUACUCAUCCGUGGUGUGACCCUGCCUGGAGCUGCAGAAGGCAUCAAGUUUUAUCUGUACCCUGAUAUCUCACGGUUAGCUGACCCACAGGUCUGGAUAGAUGCAGGGACACAAAUCUUCUUCUCAUAUGCAAUCUGCUUAGGAGCAAUGACUUCCCUGGGGAGCUACAACAAGUACAAAUACAACUGCUAUAGGGACUGUUUGCUGCUGGGAUGCCUGAACAGUGGUACCAGUUUUGUGUCUGGCUUCGCAAUUUUUUCCGUCCUGGGCUUCAUGGCACAAGAGCAAGGGGUGAACAUUGCUGAUGUGGCAGAGUCAGGUCCAGGCCUGGCCUUCAUUGCCUACCCAAAAGCUGUGUCCAUGAUGCCACUGCCCACCUUUUGGGCAAUCCUUUUUUUUAUUAUGCUUCUGUUGCUUGGACUGGAUAGCCAGUUUGUUGAAGUUGAAGGACAGAUCACGUCAUUAGUUGAUCUGCACCCAUCCUUCCUAAGGAAGGGUUACCGACGGGAAAUCUUCAUCGCUAUAGUGUGUUUCCUUAGCUAUCUUCUGGGACUAACUAUGGUGACUGAGGGUGGCAUGUAUGUUUUUCAACUCUUUGACUACUAUGCAGCUAGUGGUGUAUGCCUUUUGUGGGUUGCAUUCUUUGAAUGUAUUGCUGUAGCCUGGGUUUAUGGCGCUGAUAAUAUUUAUGAUGCCAUUGAGGAUAUGAUUGGAUACAGACCUGGUCCCUGGAUGAAGUGGAGCUGGAUUGUGAUCACACCAGUUCUCUGCGUGGGGUGCUUUAUCUUUUCUUUGGCCAAGUAUAAACCACUGACCUACAACAAGGUCUACACAUACCCAGACUGGGCAAUUGGCCUGGGCUGGGUUCUUGCCCUUUCCUCCAUGAUCUGCAUCCCUAUGGUGAUGGUCAUCCGCAUCAUUCGGUCAGAUGGGUCACUCAUUGAGAGGAUAAAGGCGGUGGCUGCCCCCAAGGAGGUGAAUCGAUGGUCCAAGGAGACGGAGAGUGGCACCCCCUUCUGCCCCAAUGGAACUUCGAAUGGCGGAUUGAUCAAGCCAACUCAUAUCAUUGUGGAAACCAUGAUGUGAGCUCUCUCUGUGAGAGGAUAAACCUGCUUUAACUGCCGUUUACUAACCAUAGAUUCUCAUAGGACCAGGUUUACAGAGCUUUAUAUUUGCACUAGGAUUUAUUUUUAUUUCUCACAGAGAAAGUUAUUUUUUGUGUGUGUUUUUUUUUUUAAUAUUUUGUAAGGUAAUCACAGCAGACGUCUCUCUGUAGAGGGAGAGCUUUCAUAUCAGACUAGACAUAUUACAAGAAUUUACUAUUAUUGGGUUUUUUUAAAUAUAUAUAUCUUUAUCUCUAAAUAUUAUACACCUUACCACUUGAAUUGAUUGUCUUGCCAGCAAUACAUUCAAGUCUCAGAAAGCAAUUUUAGGUGCUGGUAUGGUUGGGAGCAGGGUAAUCUACAGAACACACAAAAGGAGCUCUGUUGAGAGUUACAUUUUUUUAAACAAUGCUGUUUUAAGAGAAUUUUCAAAGGUGUAGUAUUUCCACCCUCUGGUUCAACUGUGGUAAACGACAGGUGUCAGGGUCACUUCAGGGAGUGGGGACAGUUUUGUUUAGUGCAGUCCCUGGGUGAGGAUAUAACCAAACAGCUGGAGUGGAGAGUUUGCAAGGGAUGCAGAGAAGCUGGAUGUGAACAGUAUUGUGGCUGUACCUCCCAGGGACAGCACUGGCACCCUGUCACACCAACUGAAGAGAACUUGGGGAAGGCGUUUGCAGGAUUUGGCAUGGUUCAGUUUUUUGUUGUUGUUGUUUUUAAAAUUUUUGAGAUUUUUUUUUAACAUAAGUGAAAUGCCUGCUGUUUGUGUGUGAGCAGGGAGGUUGGGUACCUGCUCCUGAGUUUUCCAGCAAACCGUAUUUUGGUGUGGUGGCACUGGUGUAAACUUGAAUUCUGCAAACUGGGAGGGCAACCUGUCCCCAGGGCAGCAGGGAUAAGCACAGAGCAACCAAGGGGGGAAAGCAGCACCUGCUCUUAAGGUGUUUGCUUGCUCAUUUGGACUUUGGUUUGGGCAGGAAAAUAAAGGAAUCACUUCUGGACUCUGACCGUCCAGAGGUGAACACAAACCAGAUCAUCCCUGACAGGAGGAACUAAACCCCUCACCUGGUGUAACUGGUAUUGAUAACAGACAUGUUAAUAAUAAUAGUAAUGAUGAUAAUAAUAUCACACAGCAAACAGGUGCUUUUCAUCCAUGUAUCUCAAAAAUGCUUUUCCAAGUCCAGUAACCAGGAUUUGCUUUAUUUAUUUAUUUGGGGGAGAGAGGUCAUUGCUGUUGGAGGAACAGACAAAAGGACUAAGUGAGUCCCUUGUCCCAUGUUACUAAAUAGCAGUAGUGGACCUGGAGGCCCCAUUCUCCUUGCUCAUCAUUGGAUUAACCCAUGAUUUUAUUUUAUUUUACUUUAUUUUAUUCUAUUUUAUUUUAUUUUUAAGGGGGCUGGAGGGUGGCAAACAUAUUUAUGAUUUUUAUCUGCUGAAGAGACAGGGCUCUUUGGAAUUUAAAUUAAAGCAAAGGGAACACAUAACACUGAAAUAUUUUGUGUUGGUCAGAAGGAAUUGGGCACCAUUCCAGGUGAGACUGGGAAGUGAAGAGAAACCCCUACAAGGAGUAUAGGAAUGGGGGUUCCAGUUCAUGUAAUGCAGGUGAAUGUUUCUGUCCUGAAAACUGUCCAAAACAAGGACAAAAGCCUUUUUAUUAUUUUUGAGGUUUUUUCUUUUUUUUUUUUUUAACUUGAGCAGGUUGUGCUGGGAACGGAUUCUCUGGCAAAGCUCAGCCUUGUCACGUGGGCAUUGUAUUAGAGGGAGAGAGGUUUUUUCUUUGAUACCACAGGUAGUCUUUCCAGAGGUAUUUAGAAGAAAUACUUGAUAAAAGCAGAGUUUGUAUCUGCUUAUUCUGUUGUAAGCUUAGUCUGUCAAGGCAGAGGUUGUCACUUAUUUAAACAGGAACAUAAACAGUUCUUAACAUUCCUACACAGUAGCUUUAUUUCAUUUUUUCUUGUCCCAUGUGCUAACUGGCCACAGCAGCACAAACAUUUCUUAACUUGUUGGUUUCCCUGUAACAGAAACAGGGAGAUUUAAAACUAAGAGAUGGACCAAAAUAAUUAUUAAUUAUUAAUUUUUAAAGAAAAACAUCGGUGCAUUCAAACUUCCAAAUCUUUCUAGUUUGAAUUUGUAGAUACUUUUACAACAGAGAGCUGAGUUGCAGCAGCAAAACCAGCCAUGGUAGAAUUGUGUUUUCUUUUUUCUCAUUGCUGUAUUAUGAGAGUUCUGAAGGAAACUUUUGCACAGCUGGAGAUGGCAAACAUCUAAAUGACACCUGCUGGGCUGGUAGCAGAAACCACCCAAGGUUACAGAAGGAAUUCUGAGUGCCAGUGAGUGUCAUCAAAAUACAGAAAUAUGCAUGCAGCAAUUUUAUUUUUUAACAAUCAAAGGCAAGGAAAUGUAACCAAAACCACUCUCUUAGUGGGCUUUAGCUUGGACUCUCAUUUUUGAGUUACAGUCAGUGUCUGCAGUAAACAGACAUGGGUGAAGAGGAAGUAGAAGGUUAGGGAGGGUCUAAAUUAAUGUUUUUUGUGAGUACAGAUGAAACACUGAUGCUUGAUUUAUUUCUUUUUUAUAUAUCUACAUUGUCAUACAACUGUGUUUGAGGUUAUAUAGUUUGCACAUUACUGUUGUGCUAUAGAGCUGAGACAAGCUUUAGUUAGGGAAAAAAAUGGUUUGGCUACAUCAGCGAUGUCUCCAGCGAGUCAGCUGGGUGUUCAGGCAUCUCCCAUGUUGUGGAGAGUGCCUCAGUGGGAAGAACCAGAGGAAUAAUACUACACCUUUCAAAAUACAACCAGCAGAGAACAGAACCCAGCCCCAUUUCAGUACAAACUGUGCCAUUCAAAUCAGUCGCUUCCAUGUUCCAAGGGAAAGGUCUCGCACAUAUGCAACAACCUCACUGAAGAUUCUCUGUGUCAGCUUCCCUGGCCCUGCUGUGCUCCCUGCAAGGGAGGGCUGGGACUCACCAAGAGACAAGAAAUCAUUGCUUCUGGAAAACAGUUCCCCUCUCCCCUCCUCCCUUCCCCAACAAAAAAAAAAAAAAAAAAAUGUACUUAAUUCUUGUUUUAUCUGGGGUUUGAGUUCCAGAGAGCACAUUUGCAUUUUUACAGUUUGGGGUUUUUACCUAACAAUUUUAUCAGAUUUCUAAACUUUUCUUGGUGAUUAAUUUGCAUUUCAACAUGAUCCUCUGCCAAAUUUAUUAAAACAUAAUUUUUAAAAAAAUGUUUGUGUUUUCUACCUAUUUUGACUGCAAAGACAACUGAUUUUUUUCCAAUAUUUACUUGUUACUCUUAUGACGUAUUUUACCUGUUUUGUGUAAAUGAGGAACUCUGUGUUAAAGCAUCAUGACUAGUUAUAGAUGAACUUGUUUGGAUCUGGGAAAACAGUGCAGUUUUGGCAUGAGAUCUUUAGAACCAGAUCCCUGAGAUUUAAGCCAGCAUAAACCAAGACAACACGCACACCUUUUCAUGUUGCAUGUACCUUUGUAUUCAUGGGGUCUUCUGGGCUUGAAAACAGCAGAGUUUCAGCAGUAUUUAUUUCCAGCUGAACUGAAAUCAAGAGAUAGUAGAAAUGCAAAGGGGAACAUUUCCCCUUGAGAUUUUUCUGAUCUAUUUCUUAUUUUUCUCAAUUUUCCAAACCUUUUCAGUUCACCUGUCACUAGUGAUGAUCUCUCUGAGUAUCUAUUCUAAGGGACUUUACCAGUAGUCUGUAUCUCAGUGUUUAAACAGUAUGAUUUCAUAAAUAGAACUGGUUUUUUAUUGUUGUUGUUGUUAUUAUUCUAUUUUUCCUUCUCAUCUAUAGCUUUCCUUUUCAUCUGGUCCAAACAGUUCCACACACUUAGAAAAGUCCUCUUUCAAGUUUGAGAUAGUAGGUCCACAAUGGAUUUGUUCUUGUGUUGUAAAUGAAAAUACAGAAGCCUGGCAGCUGUAUUUGCCAUCUAGAGCAGUGCUGGUGGCCACCCCGCAGCAGCAGCAGUGGGGUGGAGGGAGUUAGGUGUGAUCUGCUGAAACAGCUCAGCAAAAUUGAUUUUCACUGCUGUUCUUGAGGAGAGGAGAAAAUGAGAAAAAGAAGGGGGGAAAAAUAUAGCUGCUGCUAUAUUUAAAAACAUUCUGUAAUGCCAAGAGAAGCCCAAGAACAUCAGCAGAGCUUUUGUUGCCGCCGCCAGGACAGCACCUCCUGCAGCUCUUUCCUGUGCUCAUCCUCCUUUCCCAGCUGCAGAUCCUCCUGGUUCCUCUUCUUUGUCUCAGCGUUAGAUAACUCACAUAGAUCUGAAGACACAUGGACAUCUCCAUUCAAUAGAUCUUUUCCAAGUCUCCUCCUGGUCUGUUUUUAUUUGCUUAAGGAGACUUUCUGUUUUGUUGAGGUUGUGCUUUCACUUUUGGGUUCAAAGCUCCCACUUGUUGCAUCACUGGCAAACUUCCAGCUGUGGGAGAAGGAUUUGAACACUUUUGAAUAACUGAUAAUUAGCUUCCAUGUCUUGUGGUCCCUGCAGGAUCACUCGUGGAGGCAUGAUGUAUAUAAGAUGUUAAAUAAGCUGUGCAUUGAAUGCAGUGGACAAGUUAGUUAAGCAGCUCAAGUACACUUGGAAGAAAGAUGACCCUGACAUCAUUUCCAAGGAGAUUCAAUGGAAGUUGCUCACUUUCAGUAAAAAGAAUAAAAAUAAAUCUGUGUUUAAGUAGACUAGUAGAUGAAAUCUUCCACCCUCAUAUGCACGCACACAGUGGGGACAUUGCUUCUAUUCCUAGGCUGCAAAUCAUGUGUGUAAAUCUUGCCAAGCUGUUCAGGAUGAGGAUUGAGGAGGUUUAGACACCACUUGCCUGCAAAGAGCCAACCUGCCAGGGUGUCCAAAUGGUCUUUCCUAAAUGGGGGUGGUGGAAGAGGGAAAGUCAUAACAAAAUCCUGGACCAUGGCCCUCCAAAGAAGCCUUAAGGUUUGAUUUGUAAGCUCUCCUGGCUCCUUGUAGGCACCACAUGGCUCCUGGCAUGGGAGGUUGGGUGUGGUGUGGGUUCAGGCAGCUGCCCUGGACUUGUUUUCUCCAAAAUCAGCAUCCAAAGCCUUGUGGUUAGGAUUGACGUGUAGUUGUGUAUUUGUAUAUUUGCAUGAGCAAAGGUCAGGAACUGUCAGACCCUGGUAGCUUGUUUUAUUUCUUAUAAUCAAAAAUAGGCUUAAGAAACAAAGUAUUUAGUUGAUUUGGUGACACUUGACAUUUAAAAAACCCUUGAACUUGUGCAAAAGAGGUGCCCUGAGCUCCAUAUUUUAGUCACAAAAAAUUUCUUAUGGUGUUAGCAGUCAAUUUGAGUCUAUGGGAAAGAUUGCUCAAGAGAGACUUGAAUAUAACCAGCACCAGCAUCCACUGGAAAACUGCCUGAAUAUAACCAGCCCCACACCCUCCACCAGAUUGUGGCUCUUUUCUGCCAGCCCAAAAGAAAUGUGUACAUGGACAGUGCUUCUCCAGAAAAAACAAAAAUCUCAAUUUGUUUGUUUCUAUUAAAAAUAAACAGAAAAAGUCACAUUCUAUGUGUGGUUUUUUUUUCCAGUUGUCACUGGGAAUUGGUGAUUUCAGUUUACCCAUGUCCUAAAAAAAGAGCAGAAAUAGCUUGAGACACCAUUUCACCAGAAAACAGGGACAAGCUCAAAAUUUUGCAGGCUGAAAACUUUAGGAAAACAAAUCACCCACCCAUGCCCAUCAAAGAUGGAAAACCUUGGUGGCAGGGUUUGUGCCUGGAAAAGAGCCUGACCCUGCUGGUAAUGUUGGGCAAUUGAAUGGCAGACACAGCCUUUUUGUAUUGCUGCUGUGUCCUCAUUUGAAUCAGUAGAAGUGUCAGAAUUUAGUUACCACGAGUUCAGGAGUAAAGUAAAUUGAAGAUAAUUUUAAAGAGGCAAGUUUGGGAGGCUGAGGCUUGUUCCCUGUGGCUCUGCAGUGCACAGCAGAAUGGUGCUGCUCACUUUUACAUUUGCAGCACAGGGAAAAGGUGGCCUGACUUGAGAAAUCAGAAGAAAUAAUGGGAAAAAUAAAGCUAAUUAAAAAAAAAAAAAAAGCAAAAACUCAAUGAUGCUAAGGAGCUGUGCACGUGCUCUGUGUGUGUGCAUUUGUGGGGGAAGGCUUCAGCCCUGUAGCACAGUGAGCACGACACGCACUGUUCCUAAAUGUACCUGCUUCUGCAGCUGAGAUGUUAGAAAGAGUUGAAAUUUUUUUUCAAUAUAUAAAGAAAAAAAAUUAAAAAAAAAAAACCAAACAGUGGCAAAAUUAUGUUGAGAGGCUGAUAAAACAAACAAAACCUGAGGGGGCAAGUUGAGUCAGUUCAUGACCUGCUCCUGUCCUGGAAGCCAGCGCUGGUCUCUCAGCACUGCAGCAUCCCAGUACUGUUCUGAAGUGCUCGUUGUUCAAUAGGAUGUUAUUUUUCUCCAGUGUAAAGUUGUGAUUGUUACCUGAUAAUGUUGCCAGGGAAUUCACAUUGUAAGAGGUGAUCCAUCUUGUUUGAUGUGUUUGGCUAAAAAACAGUGGUGUUUUUUUAAUUAUUUAAAUUCCUAGCAACUGUGACUACAGUAAUGUGAUAAUGAGUAGCACAUGCAGCGAGGAGGCGAGGGCGAUGAUAGCCUCCUUGAAAAUGUCAUCUGAACUUUUUUUAAAGAAAAAAAACCUUAAAAAUAUUUUUAAAACAUUUUAAAACAUUUUUGUGUGUUCCAAAACGGAAUAUUUGUAUUUGAAAAAAAACCCUGGAGUGUAAUUUAAUCCUAAAACCCCAUAGCCUUUGUGUAUAUGGUAAAUGUUUGUAUUUUGCAGUUUCUGUUUUGCUUUUUAGAUAAAUAAAAUGUAUAUGGAUAUUUUUAAGUCAUCUUUGCUUUUUUAGAUGAGUUUGUAAUCACCUUAUAACUGAAAAUAAAACUUUCCUUUAUAAACCA